UACGCAACAGACUAGGAAGCGAAGAAUGAAGGGCAAGUGGCACACAGCGCAUGCAGUAGGCAGUACUACAUUCGCGGUGGGGGACACUGGACGACUCGGACACUAAAACAUUAUUUCAUUUCUUAACCCUAAAAAUGUCAUCGGCAUGCAUACGUCGCACGCUACUUGCCGUCUCGCAGAGUUUUAUACCAUCGAGGUGUAAUUUUUUAGCUGUCGGUUUGCAUUUUUCUCCGUCACCGGCUGCACGGGACCGACAAACGGCCUACACUAAUAACCGACGCUUCAGCUCCUUCACACGGAUACUGAGGUCAGAAAACAAGGUGACAGUCAAUUUUAUCAAUCGCGAUGGACAGAAGAUAACUGUGAAAGGGGCUCCUGGUGACUCUCUACUUGACAUUGUCAUUGAACAGAACUUAGACAUUGAUGGAUUUGGUGCCUGUGAGGGAACACUGGCUUGUUCCACUUGUCACCUGAUCUUCGAGGAGGAUGUCUACAGCAAGCUUGGGCCAAUCACAGACGAGGAGAUGGACAUGCUGGAUCUGGCCUAUGGGCUGACCGAUACGUCUCGUCUUGGUUGCCAGAUCUGCCUCACAAAGUCCCUGGAAGGAAUAACAGUUCGUGUACCAGAGAGUGCUGUGGACAUCCGGCAGCCUACCGAUGCAGGCACAUCCAGCUCAGCUUAGAUUCCCUGAAUGAACACAGCUCAACUGUGACUAGACUGCCCCUGUAAUAGAUAAUUCUAUAAAUAUGAUUUCACAUGAAUUACAGUGGCUUAUAAUGACUUGGGUUCGUGGUGUCUGUUGUGCAGGUUUAUGAUGUCGCAGAAAUCUGACUGAACCUGCAUAUGUAGCCUAUGUUGCACAGAAGGGACAUCGAUGGGCUUUGGGAAAGAUAUAGAUUUCUAAUUAAGUUGUGUCAAGGUCAACAAAUUUGGAGCCAGGUAACUGUGGGUUACAAUGGUAAUGGGCUGCAGGGGGACCUAUUUCUUCUAAUAAUAUACAGGUUUGUGAAAUGUCCUUCCGUCCACAAUCUGUGCUGAUUUUGGAGUUUCUACAAGCCACUGUUUGUCAUACUGAUGACCAUUUACUCAUAAAACCCAAUGGCGAACAAAGGCCAGUUUUGUUUUAGCACAGCAUUGCUUGAAAAUGGAUGUAUUUUUAUUUUUGGAAGUCAAAUAGAAAGUAAAAUUUACUUUACCUUUUGCAUAAGCUCACGUAGUAUAAGUUACUCAUGGCUCUUUUAAAAAGCUACAGUUUUUAAGUGAUUAAAAAAGUUCUAAACAUAAUGUUGUUUAGAAGCCUACUGCAGUGAAGCACGGACCCUUUAAUGCCAAAUGUUUUCCAGGGUUUCACAACUGAUUCAAACAGUUUCUCAACACUAUUAAAAAAAGAAGAAAACAGUACAA